AUGGAGAAGCGGAAGUACAUACACUCUGAUGAGAUAAUACCGUCAAAGAAACAUCAAUCGCAGAACAAUGAUAAAGAUAGUCGACUGACCCAGCGAUAUGGAAUUGGUGCUCAGUUACUUUCUAAAAUGGGAUAUGUUAGUGGGAAAGGGUUGGGUGUAAAUAGUUCUGGUAUAGUAAAUCCAAUUCAAACUGAGAGUACAUCAUCCCCAGCCUACCAGAGGGCAGGUUUGGGUAUGUUGUCAACGGCACAAUCCAUAAAUGAUGAAGGUAUUACAAGUUCAUCUGAUGAAGAUAUGGAAUACCAGAGCCAAGCCAAGGUAGUCUCAUUUAAAAGAUCCAAUAAGUUAGAAUCUACCGAUUUUGGGAAGAGCAGUCGUAAAGAUAUUACGGAACUUUUGAAUAAAUUGGAUGUAAAUUCAGCAUUCGACUAUUUUAAUACGGAUGGCCCUGUUCUCCUAAAGUUGAGGGAAAAUGUAAAUAAAUUUGAAGACAACAUCUUUAUGGAAAAGAAAAAUAAGCUUAAGUUGAACUUAACUGAAAUGGGUGAUACAGCGAAUAGAUUGAGUCAACUUGAUAACGAGAUUCCAAUACUUGAAAAUGAUGUCUAUGGGAUAGAAGAAUAUAUCAAAGUGUUGGAAUUUCUUAAAAAUUCAGAUGUUUCAGAUUUUUCUGAUUCACUUCAUAUGAUCCUCAAGUUGUCAGAUGAUGAAACUGUUGAUAAGUUGAUUGCCAAUCAAAUACAAAGAACACUUAAACAAGCUAAUUGGAAUCCCUUGGAUCCUGAGGGUACAAUUUUAGAUUCCCUUAUAGAACUACUUGAUAAUUUGAAAUAUAGGUUAGAAACAAAUAAAGGCUUUCUUAAUAGAACGCAGACUGUGUUAUAUGAGUUGGUGUUUACUAAGAUGGAAAGCUUCUGGAAUUCAAUCGAUUUAACAAAGGGCCGCAAGAGUUAUGACACAGUUAUCUCAUUUUUAUUGAGUUAUGAGGUUAUACUGAAAUAUAUUGGCAGUUACGACUUUAUUUUAGAGGUCUACAUUACGCCGCAAUUAAUUAAGGUCAUUAAAGCCUGGAGUCUUACGGAAUCUACCAAUGAUAAUUUUCCAAGAUACUUGUUAAAUGAGCCAAAUAUACUCGCUUAUGAAAGCACAAUGACUACUUUAAGGAAAUUAUUAUAUGAUAAACUUUAUGAAUAUUGCACUACCUGGAAUUGCAAAACAUCUAUUGCACCGAACUCUUCUGAUUUAAUAUUUAUAAAGAAUUUUUUGCGCAGUGAUAACAAGGCUAGAAUAACGUGCACUAAGUAUUUUACUUACACAUUUUUGAAGGACUAUUUAGAGAAAUACUAUGACCCACUAAUUGAACUCGAAGAGUGGCAGGAUGUAAAAGGAAAUAUUAAUAAUGCAAACUCAUUAACUGCUGUGAAAACCUUUCGUUCCUACAUUAACCUAUUUGAACCAAACGAAUAUAAUCUCCUCUUGAAGUUUAUAUUUAAUGAGUUGAACAAGGUUUUAUUCCAAUGGUUGUUAUAUGCAGAUGAUCAGUCUAAAGGAGCAUCUAUUUCUUGGUUCAAUUGGUUUAUAAAUAACACAUUUUCAGAACCAUUACCAAGUGCAAACGAGAUAUUUCAAAUAAACAAUACCUUGAAAUUUCUCAAUGAAUGGAAAUUAACUAAAAAUAUUAAUCCAAUACAUAAUGAAGAUUUUAAUAUAAAAGAUAGUCUGGAAGGUAUUUAUAGUGAUGAAAGUACCCUAGAUGAUAUCGGGCAGGAACCUGUAUACACUAUAAGGAAUAUUCCAAUGCGUAGGGUUAUUUCAACUUUUAGAGAAAUAGUUGAAGAAUAUUGUGAAGAACAUGGGUUUUUAAUUAAAAAGAUUUCAAACAAAUAUGCGCAUUUGAAAUAUGGUAAAGAUAGAAGUAGUUUAGUGCCAAUAUUUAAUGUUUCAAACGCAAUUAAUAAUAGAAAGAUCAAUCUUGCAAUGAAAGAUGACAUACUUUGGGUAGAAAAACAGCAAGGGAAAUAUCUUCCAACUUACUUAUACAAAAUUGAACAUUUACUAAUAUGA